GCUCCCCGGCCAUGUGAUCCCGCGGCCCGGCUGGGACGCGACGGGACGCGCUGGGACGGGCGCCGGGGGUCGCGGGCGGCAUGGAGCGGAGGUGGGUCUUCGUGCUGCUCGACGUGCUGUGCGUGCUGGUCGCCUUUCUGCCUUCCGCCAUCCUGAUGCUCGUGAACACCCCGUACAAGCGAGGAUUCUACUGCGGAGAUGACUCCAUCCGGUACCCCUACCGUCCAGACACCAUCACCCAUGGGCUCAUGGCCGGGGUCAUCAUCACCGCCACCGUCAUCCUUGUGUCGGCCGGGGAGGCCUACCUGGUGUACACAGACCGCCUCUACUCCCGCUCCGACUUCAACAACUACCUGGCCGCCCUCUACAAGGUGCUGGGGACGUUCCUGUUCGGGGGUGCAGUGAGCCAGUCGCUGACAGACCUGGCCAAGUACAUGGCCGGCCGGCUGCGGCCCAACUUCCUGGCCGUGUGUGACCCGGACUGGAGCCGCGUCAACUGCUCCGUGUACGUGCAGGUGGAGGUGUGCAGGGGAAGCCCUGCUGACGUCACCGAGUCCAGAUUAUCCUUCUACUCUGGACACGCCUCCUUUGGAAUGUACUGCAUGAUGUUCUUGGUGCUCUACGUGCAGGCCCGGCUGUGCUGGAAGUGGGCACGGCUGCUGCGGCCCACCGUGCAGUUUUUCCUGGUGGCCUUUGCCCUUUACGUGGGCUACACCCGUGUGUCUGACCACAAACACCACUGGAGUGAUGUUCUCGUUGGCCUCCUGCAGGGGGCGCUGGUGGCCGGCCUCACUGUCCGCUACGUCUCCGACUUCUUCAAAGCCCGGCCCCCGCGGCACUGCCUGGAGGAGGAGGAGCUGGAGCGGAAGUCCAGCCAUCACUGACACUGGCCCUGGGCGAGGCUGGCUGCAGCCACUGCGGGUCCCCUCCUCCUGAGACCCUCAGGUCUCCUCCUCCUGGGGCCGCAGCCG